CUUUACGGACUUCGCCACUGACCGAACUUUUCUCAACUUCUUCGGUGUUUUCUCGUCGUUAGAGAAGUUUCCUGUUUUUCAUCCGUUCACUCGGAGGAUCCGGUUUGUUCUGCGGGAAAUGAGGCUUCGGUGACGGGUAGCGAGCCGAGCCGAGCCGAGCGGACUAACCCGGGUUAGGGCUCAGAACAUGAGAAGAUGGCGUUGAUUCUGUGGAUUGUUGUGAUUUUACUGCGGAGUGGAGCAGCUGCAGGUGUGUCCUUCACCAAGCAUCCGUCCAAUCAGACGGUGUCUCAGGGUAACGCGGCCCGGCUGCUGUGUGCGGUGCAGGGCCUCACGGACCCCGACAUCGUGUGGAUGAAGGACGGAGACAAAGUGCUGAGCUCGGACCAGAUGUUCCUCCCGCUGGGGGAGAACCACUGGGAGACGUUCCACAGCUUGAAGUCGGUCACGCAGCAGGACGCCGGUCAGUACUGGUGUGAGGUGGAGACCCCCACCCGGACCCUCUCCUCCGGACGAGCCUGGAUCACAGUGGAAGGUGUUCCUCACUUCCUCCAGGAGCCUCAGGAUGUCGCCACCUUCCCCAACGAGCCCGUCAACCUCACCUGUGAGGCGGUCGGCCCCCCCGACCCAGUAGAGGUGCUGUGGUGGCUGGGGGGGGUCCAGGAGGGAGGGGCCAGGUUGUCCCCCUCCGUCCUCCAUGUCCAAGGAAUAAACAGUAGCUUCAAGUUUUACUGUGAAGCAAAGAACAGCAGAGGAAUCUCAGUGUCCAGGACCGGCACCGUUCACAUUAAAGUGCUGCCUGCUGCUCCGGUCGAACUCCAGGUCCUGAGGAUGGUGGACAACAACAUCACGUUGUCAUGGAAACCAGCAUUCACAGGUCACUCUGAGCUGUCCACCUGCAUCGUCCAGGUGUUGAGGCGGUCCCUCAGGAGGCGGGACCCCCCUCAGCAGAAGGUUCUGGUUCCUCCUCACCUCCUGGUCCUGUCCGGCCUGAGGAGUCACUCCAACUUCAGUGUGAGGGUCUCCUGUGGGAACGAGGUGGGGGCGUCGCCCUUCUCCCCCUGGGUGGGCUUCCAGACCCCGGAGUCAGUUCCCUCUGCAGCCCCAAGGAACCUGACCUUUGACCUGUCGGAGCAGAAGCUGAGUCUGAGCUGGGCGACGCUUCAGGAGGAGGAGCUUCAGGGGAACCUGCUGGCCUACAAGGUGCAGUGGGUUCUGGGGGGGGAACAUCAGGAGCCUCUGCUGUUUAAGGAGAACUGGGCUCAGCUCUCGGGCGGAGCUCGGUUCCUGAACGCCUCCUUCCAGGUGUCGGCCUGCACCUCCGUGGGUUGUGGACCCUGGAGUCACCCGGUCCUGGUGCUGCCGGCCUCAGUGCAGGUCCAGGUCCAGCGGAGUCACAUGUGGGUCGGCCUCCUGCUCUGUCUGUUUGUGGCCACGGUCGUGGGUCUGCUGCUCGCCGUCCUCGCUCGCCGCCGGGGGAAGGAGACGCACUUUGGGUGGGCGUUGAAGCCUCCAGGUGUGGAGAGCUCUGUCUCCUUCACCGCCGCUCGCUCCUUCAGCAGAAACUGUGCAGAGCCCGAGUCCACACUGGACAGUCUGGGAAUAAACAAUGACCUGAAGAAUAAACUGCAGGAUGUCCUGAUUCCAGAGAGGAUGAUCACACUGGGACACAUGCUGGGGAAAGGUGAGUUUGGCUCGGUGCGUGAGGGACUCCUGAAGGCCGAGGACGCGUCCGUCCAGAAAGUGGCUGUGAAGGUCCUCAAGUCCGACAUCGACUCGUCAGGUGACAUCGAGCAGUGUCUGAAGGAGGCGGCCAACAUGAAGGACUUCCAUCACCCCAACGUCAUCCAGCUCAUUGGAGUGAGUCUUCACCGGCGUGGAGGUCAGCGUCUUCCCGUCCCGAUGGUGGUUCUUCCGUUUAUGAAACAUGGCGACCUGCACACCUUCCUGCUGCUGACCCGCCUGGGAGAGCAGCCCUCUGACCUGUCCCUGCAGACACUGGUGCAGUUCAAGUUGGACAUCUCUCGGGGGAUGGAGUACCUGAGCAGCAGGAACAUCAUCCACAGAGACCUCGCCGCCAGGAACUGCAUGCUGGAUGAGAACUUGAAGGUGUGUGUCGCAGACUUCGGUCUCUCAAAGAAAAUCUACAGUGGAGAUUAUUACAGACAAGGCUCCGCCUCCAAACUGCCUGUGAAGUGGAUCGCCCUUGAAAGUCUGGCUGACAAUCUGUACACCACACAGAGCGACGUGUGGGCGUUCGGCGUGACCAUGUGGGAGAUCAUGACUCGUGGUCAGACGCCGUACCCCGGCGUGGAGAACUCUGAGAUCUACGAGUUUCUGAUCAAAGGCGAACGACUGAAGAAACCUCCGGACUGCAGGAGUGACAUUUAUGACAUCAUGCACAGCUGCUGGAGUCCGGUUCCGAAGUGUCGUCCCAGUUUCCAGCACCUGGUCGGCCAGCUGGAGGCGCUGUGGCGCAGCUUGUCCCCUGCCCCCCCACAGAAGGAGCCCCUGCUCUACGUGAACCUGGAGGGGGAGGAGCCAGGCAGGGAGAGGGGGGGAGGAGACAGGGAGACAGCAGCGUCCAGCUGGAGCGUCCCCUGGCAGCAGCGGGCGGGGGACGGGGACAGACACUGGCUGAUGGCGUCUGGGGCGGAGCUCGCCAUCGGAGGAGACUACAGGUACAUCAUCGGGCCCCGAGGAGGCGCCGAGGAGGAGGAGGGAGUGGGGGGGAGGAGGAGCGAGUCCAUGGACACGCUACAGGAGGAGGUGAGGGACGAAGAUGACGUCAUUAAUGUGUGACUGACCAAUCACAGCUCUCCUCCUCCUCUCACCUGAUUGGCUGUGUGCCUGAGCUCAUCAGUCAGCUGAUCAGAGGGACACUCCCUCAGUGGCUCUGAGCGGCGGGGGGGGGGGCACCUAGGACACUAAUUCAUAGAUCUAAACCACUCCCACAAAGAUAGAAGUUCUAGUGAGGAGGAGAAAUGUCCUUUUCUCAUUUUAACCAUGAACUGUUACGUGUUGUUGUCGUGGUAACGCUGCUGGUACGUGUUUUAUUUAAAUGAGCCUCGUGAUGAGAUGAUGAACGUGAUCAUGUGACCAGACGUCUGUCAUGUGACCUCACACCUUCUAAUACAAACAUGUGACUCGUCCUGAUGGAACGACCUCGACUCGGGACGUCUCAACGCACUGUUCUUAUCAAACUGUAACGACCAACGGACUGGAUCCAUCUGGAUCAUCUGAUCUGGAGUCAUCUGGAUCAUCUGAUCUGGAUCCAUCUGGAUCCAUCUGGAUCAUCUGGAUUCAUCUGAUCUGGAUUCAUCUGGAUCCAUCUGGAUCAUCUGAUCUGGAUCCAUCUGGAUCAUCUGGAUUCAUCUGAUCUGGAUCCAUCUGGAUCAUCUGAUCUGGAUCCAUCUGGAUCAUCUGAUCUGGAGUCAUCUGGAUCAUCUGAUCUGGAUCCAUCUGGAUCAUCUGAUCUGGAUCCACCUGGAUCAUCUGAUCUGGAGUCAUCUGGAUCAUCUGAUCUGGAGUCAUCUGGAUCAUCUGAUCUGGAUCCAUCUGGAUCAUCUGGAUUCAUCUGAUCUGGAUUCAUCUGGAUCAUCUGAUCUGGAGUCAUCUGGAUCCAUCUGGAUCAUCUGAUCUGGAUCAUCUGGAUCAUCUGAUCUGGAUCCAUCUGGAUCAUCUGAUCUGGAUCAUCUGGAUCAUCUGAUCUGGAUCCAUCUGGAUCAUCUGGAUUCAUCUGAUCUGGAUCCAUCUGGAUCAUCUGAUCUGGAUCAUCUGAUCUGGAUCCAUCUGGAUUCAUCUGAUCUGGAUCCAUCUGGAUCAUCUGAUCUGGAUCCAUCUGGAGUCAUCUGGAUCUGGAUCAUGUGAUCUGGAUCCGUUUCUUUAACCUGUCACUAACGUGUUUCACUCGCUGCUGUUUGAACUGCUCGGCCUGAAGGGGGCGUGUCCUCCCCUCUGUCCACCAGGUUGUAGAUAAUAAAGUUUUCUUUGUGUCA